AUGCCAAGCCCCCUAUCUGAGUUCUCCUACACCCAACCCAAGCGUCUUCCAAAGAAAAGAAAAAUACCGACCACCGCCGAGUUCCGCAAAGCAGCCGCGGAACUAGACUACAUCAACUCUUUGUGUACAGAAUUCAAGAUCCCAGCAAUCGUAGAUCUGCUCAGCGAUUCUGAGACUGAGCCGGAGAUGCACGAUUACGAGUCUACUCACCGUAACCAAGCGCGACGCAGGCAAGCAAAAGACCUGGACGGGAAAACUACGCAACCAAAGAGAGGGAAAGCGCUGAGGAAGAGUAACGUACCGAAACGACGUCGUUUGAUCGUGGAUUCAGAGGAUGAAAGUCAUGAUGACUCUCUGCCCCACUCACCCUCUCCAAGCGCUUCUAUCCCAUCAAAGUCGCUAAGAGAAUGCCGUCAAAAUAGACGCAGGCGGAGAAGCGAGGAGUGGAUUUUGUCGGAUACAGACGAAGAGAUUGUGAGGAAACCCAAGAGAAGAAAAUUGGAUCUCAAGGCAGAGGAUGAGGAUUUGGAUAUUGACAUGAAGGGAUGGGAAGAUGUUGUGAAACGGGAUGGGUCAGGACGAAGGGGAAGAUAG